UCAGGUUUACAACUCUCACAGUCUUCCCAAACCACCGCAAGUGACACCCAAAUCUCCGGGGACCCCUCCCUCCACACACCUGACUUCAACUGCUCACGCUCCUCGAUCUCCCAUGGCGACGGUGGCUGCGAGUCGGCCCAGCGGGCCUGUGCUCUCGACACCCAACUGCCGCUCCUCCUCACCCACCCGCGCCAAGCUCGCCGGCGGCGACGCCACCCACUCGCCGGGCAAGUCCGUCAGCGGCUCGUCUCCGUCCUCCACCAGGAGCCGGCAGUCCUGCACGUGCUCCUCGACGAAGACGAACCGCCCGGGCUCGUUCCGGUGCAGCAUCCACAAGGCGCGCAAGCAGGCGGCCCCGGCCGGCAGCAGCAAGCCCGCCUCCCCGUCGUCUAACCGUGGUCUGGGCUCGAAGCGAAUGAACAGCCGGCAGUGCGCCCGCAGGGCCCUCGCGCCGUCCCCCGCGGCUCAGCAGUCGCAGCACCUGAGGCGCGCAGGCGGGUUAAUCCCCAGGAUGAGCAGGCUCUCCGCCAUGUCCACGGCCGGCGAGCGUCCCGGCGACAAGCCGUACUUUAUCACUUUGGUUGUGGAAGUUCUUGUUUGGUUGUGGAACCUCGCACGGGGAAAUUAAAUCCCACGAUUCCGACGAGAUUUGUCUAGUUUUCUCUUUCUUUUAUGGUUGUGUACUUUAUCAGUUCUGUUUCCUCGCCGGAAAUCAGCUGCUUGGCAUACCAAUAAUUAUCAAAUAGUAGGGCGUUCCUUUUCCUUAACGAUCAUACAUUCUACGGGUGUAGACAAAACAUCGUGUCACUCAAGUUG